GGCCUUCGCACAACCGAACUAGAAGUCCUGGUGGAGGGCAUGACCGGCGCCGAGUCACCCUCAUCGGGCCUGUUGCGCCAGCUGCGCGAGGGCUCGGAAUUCCUCCAGACGCAAGCCGAAUGACUUGUCGACGUCUGGAAUCGGUGUAAAGUCGUAAGCUUCUACGAGACUGUUAAAACAAGAGCUGUCGGAAUGUCCUCAACGAAAACACUCGAAAGGAACGGAGAAUUUGUAGAGAUGGUUCGAGAGUUCUCUGCUUUGUUGUAUCUUCCCAACGAGCACCGUGUUCCUAUCGAAAGUAACCAUACCGAUAUGGUCAAGUUUCUCGACCCUUUGGACAUCGCCUACAGAGCAGUGGUGGCCCAUAUCAAAGGAUAUCGGGACGAGAUCGUGGAAAUGUCUGAUGCCCGCAAAAAAACCGUCGAUCGACAGCUUACGGACGAAGCAAGAAAUUGCCUGAAGAGUUUGAAUGGAUUGGACUACGAAAGCCGCCGUGACGACCUCUGUCUUAAACGAGAAGAAAAUACCUGCGAAUGGAUCCUUAACGACGAGCGUUACCAACGUUGGACGCAGGCAGACGAACAGCCAAUUCUCUAGGUUUCGGGAGGACCAGGCUACGGGAAGAGUGUUCUUGUAUCAGUACUAUCCAAAGAACUCGCCGUUACUUUAGGGAAAGACCAUGUGGUGGCAUUCUUCUUCCGCGACGAUAAGGAUGACCGG